AUGGGAUCAGGUGUAAGCCUUGACAAGGUACAAGAGCCUGUCUCUGUUGAAUUUCCUUCAAUAUCGUCAAAGCGUCAUUCUUUGGAUACUUCGCAGCGUCGACGAGCACCAAUAGAAAAACCAGUAUCGAGACAAAAGACACUAUCGGAAGUAGAAUUUCCUCCACCGCCAUCUGAGUUUUUCAACUCCAAAAUUCCAGCACCGAGCCGUUUACAAUCGGAGAGAAUCCAGGUUUCAUCUCGCACUGGGAGUAAUUGCUCGAUAAAUCCAUCGCUGGCGGUUCCAACAAUUGGCCCAAACUUUUGUCAGACUGGCUUGUAUAGAAACAGCACUGUAUCGUCAAGAGCAUCAACGAGUCACACAUUGAAAACAGCAAGGGUCCAGCAGAAGCGAACAAUAAAUUGCGAAAGCGUCUCCUCUCUCAAUCUACCGCCGCCACCUCCGAUCCUGACACAAAGCAGAGGAAGUCGGGCUCAAUGCGAAUCUAGAUUGCUGUCGAAGAGGGGAGAAACUCUCCCAUCAAUAGCAAUAACGCAAAGAACACGGGUCCAGUCGUCAAGAGUGUCCAGCCUUCCAAAAAGAGAAAACUCAGCACGAUCAUCGAAAUCGGUUCCCAAUGCAAACGCCAAGGCAGACAUACAUAAAGAGCUUUUGAAGAAAGCGUCUUUCCGCCAGCAGCUCACAACAGAGGAUAUUGAGACAAAGAUACAGGAACAGAAGGAUAAACGAAAGGGGAGCUUGCGACACGAUGAUCAAACUUUGAUCGGCAUACUCAAUCAAGGAAUCGAACGUGUUAGAAAAGCUGUCGAUAACGAAGCUGACGAGGAGGACUCUGGAUAUUUGGAUGACUGGGGCACGGAGCAAGAGAGAUCGCCAACUAUUUCCGAUGGAGUUUCACCCCUGAUCUCCCCAAGUUAUAAUCAAAUACGGCUAGCUAACCAAAAAGCGUACGAAGAAGUCGAAAAGGCCAAGCUCUAUGGCAAUGGAAAUAUUAUGGAAGGAAAAAAGCUAUGCGUGAAUAAUAAGUUCGUAGGUCUAUUUCUAACCAAGUUGCCAAAUAGUAUAAAAUUUCACCCUUGUAAGUCAAUUGAUCUCAUGAAAAUGGAAGAAAAACGUAGAAAUAUUGAUCGACUCCUGUCCGACACUCCUACUUCUGACGCUCCCGCGAUGUCCAUAAAAACAGUCUCAUCGAUGCCAACUCGAUCUGUAAAGGUAGAAGAUGAGCUCUUGGACGCAGUUGAGGAGAGAGUUCGCAAAGUUCUUCAGGACUGGAGCAUCGACCAACAUCAAAAAUCUGGCACUCUUCCGAGCAUCAAACAGUCGCUGGUGGUGAAAUAUGAUUAUUCUAAAACGUUUAGUAGAUCAAUUUAUCCCCGACAGAGGAAGUCGUCCCUAUCAGACGAAGAGACUCUACUCGAUUCCGAUUUGGAGAGCCUUCGAAGUUGGACUUUUUCGGAGAGGAGCAAUCACAGCAACGGUCAAGGCGGUACCAGAAUCAUAAGCUAUCGCCCGAUAAACAAGCACAGUCGUAUUUUAGCUUCGAUGCAUAGUGUCGGCGAGGCAGCGUACUACCGAAACAUUCAUCUGUAA